AUGCCUGAGCAAGACGCCCCCUAUGACCCGUACAUCCCCAACGGCCAGUCGGCAUCUCAACAAGGUGCUGGCGGCACUGCCAGGACGCAUGCCCUGCAAGAGCAAAUCAACGACACAGUCGGUGUGAUGCGCGACAACAUCAGCAAGGUGUCCCAGCGCGGCGAACGGCUCGAUGCUCUGCAGGACAAGACGGACAACCUGGCUGUUUCGGCCCAGGGUUUCCGUCGUGGAGCCAACAGGGUCCGCAAGCAGAUGUGGUGGAAGGACGUCAAGAUGCGCAUGUGCCUGAUUGCCGGCAUCAUCAUUCUGCUGCUCAUCAUCAUCAUUCCCGCAGUCGUUGCUACUCGUAAAUGA